GUUGAAACGUCAAAUAGUAGAAACUACCUAACUUUUGCUGUCUGACGUCAAACUUCAGUCACACAAUAAAUUGUUGUGAAUUUUGUUGUUUCACCUUUUUAUUAUCCUAAGCAAUUUGCUGUUAAUAAUUCAAGAUGAAUAGAAUAUUCGGAAGAGGAAAACCCAAGGAACCUGGCCCAAGUAUUACAGACUGUAUAAGCAGCGUAGAUAGCAGGGCCGAUAAUAUUGAGCAGAAGGUCCAGAAAUUGGAGUCGGAGCUCAGGAAAUAUAAGGACCAGAUGAACAAAAUGAGAGAGGGACCAGCCAAAAAUUCGGUGAAACAAAAGGCUAUGAGGGUGUUAAAGCAGAAAAAAAUGUAUGAGCAGCAAUUAGAGAAUUUGAGAGCGCAAUCUUUCAAUAUGGAGCAAGCUAACUACGCUACACAGACCCUGAAAGACACACAAGCUACUGUAGCAGCCAUGAAGGAUGGAGUCACACAGAUGAAGAAGGAGUUCAAGAAAAUUAACAUUGAUAGCAUUGAGGAUGUUAAUGACGAGUUGGCAGACAUGUUGGAGCAGGCAGACGAGGUCCAAGAAGCGUUGGGCCGCCAGUACGGCAUGCCAGAGAUCGAUGAUGAUGAACUCGCUGCUGAAUUGGAUGCCCUUGGUGAUGAGAUAGCACUAGACGAUGAUACGUCGUACUUGGACGACGUGGUGAAGGCACCUGCAGCCCCCGACAAGGAGCCAGGGGCCGACAGUGUCCGCAACAAAGACGGGGUCCCAGUAGACGAAUUCGGUCUACCACAAGUACCCAGUGCCGCGCAAACUUCCCGCUGAUCUGUGGGUACAGGUAAAGGCUUUAAAAACCUCCCAAUUUGCUUUUAAGUCAACCACCUUGUUAAUAUAGCGUUUUUUUUUUUGUUUUUUUUUUUAUUGAAUAUUUGUGGCGCGUUUGUAUAAAGGUAUUUUCAAAGCUGUGACGAAAAAUGGAUAUGUGUUUUAAACACAGUCCAAGUCGUUUUUGCGUGAAAUAAUAACAAACAUAAAUCCAUGGAUGUAGUAGGAUUUAUUUUUACAGUUUAUAACAAAAAAUAUGUUUUGUCAAAUAAUGUUUGUAAUGCAAUCGGCCAUCCUGAAAUUUCCUUUACAGUAUCUACCAUAAUAGUUGAGAUAUUGUUAAAGUAUGUGGUGUCUUCAUAAACAUACAAAAUUUUCUGAAUUCCAUUACGCUGUAAUUUGAAUUACAUGAACAAAGUAAAGCGCGCCCUUUUAUUUUACCUCAAUAUAAUAAUAAUAAUAUGCCACUACUGUCUUGCACCUAACAUAAUAAUUAAAUACGUUACUUGUAUGUUGUAUUAUACAAAGAUUUUAAAACAUUGGGAAUACGGUAGUUUCCAACCAGUCAAAUUCAAUACUUUUAUCCAAACGUCAAAAACGAUACUUUUCUAUGAAAUUUGUAUGAAAAACUGAGU